CGGGGCAGAUCCAGCAGAUCCAGUCUGGCCACGCGCUGGCUAAAACCCUCUGCACGUCCACACUGGCCUGACGUUGUCUCACUGGCUGAUCCCCUCUGCGCCUACACUGCCGCAACGCUCGACGACAGCGUCUCCGUCUGCGCAUCAUCAACCCCGCCAGUAGUGAGAGAUAGAGAAGAGGGCUACUUGAAAACCUGCAUCAACAUCGCCGGUCCGAUUGAAUGCGACCCAUGACCUGAAUGUCGACGAGCUUUCAUCUCUCAUCCGCGCGCCGCCGUGAGCGCCCGUGCAAGCCGCAGCCUUCAAUAUGUCCAACGAUCCCACAGCACGCAGGCUGCUCCCGCAAACUUCGCAGAUGAACAGCUUCUCCUUUGCGCCGCAAGCCUACCAACAGCCCCCGCGUGAAACGCAAAAAAAUUAUGUGUUUGUUGACGAGCACAACCGCCACAAGCGGCUGAAGGUGAUGAGAGCAUGUGAGGGUUGUCGAAGGAGGAAAAUCAAAUGCGAUGCAGCAACGACGAACACAUGGCCCUGCUCCGCAUGUAUCCGUCUGAAGCUGCACUGUGUUCGUCCGAACGGAUUCGAUGGGUCUGACUCCCAAGUCUACGAACCAUCUCGAUCUCAGUUUGAGAGUACGCAAGUUCCGGACAGCUUCAGGCCGCAGUUAUCGCUUCAGGACCAGCAGCUUCCUGCUCAUGCGCCAAAGCCGGGACCCGUCUACGCGCAACAGACAUCCUACCAAGAUGCCUCGGGCCUUUUCCACCCGGUUCAGUACGGGGAUCCGCAGCCUGUGCCUCACGACCUUCAAUACGCCCCCGUACACCAUCACCCUGCUGGCAUCGUCGACCAGCACUACACGACGCAGCCCCACUCGUUUCCGACUCCUCCGCUACAACACGCUCCCAACCCCGCGUCUCCUGCAGACACGUUCCAAUCUGAGUACGGGCAGCAGGACCUGGCGGAUCUCCUGGGUUCGCUGAAGGUCAAUGAGGCGGGGACGGCGCCCUACCUCAACAGCAAGAUGCGGUCCACCAGAGACGAGGAGCCGGCAUUGGAAGGAGACGAGUACGAAACCCCGCUGCCCCCGCUAACGACAGGCCCGGGCUCCAAGAUCCGUAUUCCGCCAGAGCUGAUGCCGGACGACGACACGGUUCUUCACUAUCUCGAUCUGUAUUUUGUCAAUGCUCAUCCGUACGUGCCGGUCUUGGACAAGGCGUACUUCUACCAUCAGUGGCACAACAACAGGGAGUCCAUCUCGCCGCUCCUUCUCGAAGCAAUAUUUGCCAUUGCCGGCCGUCUGGCGGAUGAACCUGCACAGGGCCAGCAAUGGCUCGCACUCGCUACACGGCAUGCCGACUCGUUCAUGGAUGUGCCAAGACUGAGUACGCUCCAGGCACUGAUGAUCCUGCUGAAGGCGAGGGAGUCAGCGCCUAAGAAGGGCUACUACUACAGGUCGUGGAUGAGCAUCGUGCAGUGUGUUCAGUUGGGCAAGGAUCUGGGGUUGGACGAACACUUCGCCGAACACCAGGCCGGCAAAUCUUGCGGCGCAAGCCAGGCGGAGUGUGGACUGAAGACGAGGAUCUGGCAAACUCUAUUUGUGGUUGAGUUGAUGGUUGGCUCCCCGCAGGGACGGACCGAUUUCCAGAUCGAAGAAGAGUCUGUCGAUUUCAACGUCCCGAGGCCACUGCCGAACGCUGACGAGUCCGAGUACCUCGUCUCCCGGAACUUCACCUAUUUCGCCAAAGUAGUCCGCGCUGUUGGCCGGAUGGCGAGAACCUAUGGGCGGCUGAAGAAAAGCAAGGACUGGGGGGUGGACCCCGAGUUCCUCCAGCUCGACCCGGCUCUGAAUGCCUGGUUAGCCGGACUCCCCGCGGACUUGACCGUCAGCUAUCCUGCGGAUGGGUCGCCGCCCUGGUUGCCGUCUGCCUUCGUCGGCAACCUCCACUCGUAUUACUACCUAACGAUCAUCCUAUACAACAGGCCGCAACUAGCAGUCCUUUCGCCAUCAGGGCCGGGCGGACAAUGGAAACGGCACAUGAUGGUGUCGUACAACGCGGCCAAGAUGACGUGCAGGCUCCAGGAGGCAGUGAUGAGCCAGUUCGGACUAAACGGGCUCCAGUGUAUGCAGCGGGGGAUCAAUUUCACCAUCUAUGUGAUCUUGGGCUGCAUUGUCCUACAUCUAGUUGCGAUAACCUCACCGGAUCCAGACCUGAACUCGGAAGCCCGGGAGUACUUUACGCGCCACAUGAGGAUCCUGGAGAAGUGCAUGUCGGCGUGGCCCAUGCCCGACAUGCAGAAGCAGAUCGACUCGGUCCGGGAGGCCUUCUCAGCCGAUAUCAGGAAGCCGUUCGUCCUGAAGCCGAGCUUCCCCUACGGUAGCCCGCACUCGGCAACACACCCUAGCCCGCCUGGUCGACAGCUGGACACGCAGAUACCGCACUCGCAAGUUAGUAGUUACACCAACCACCAUCCCCUCACGCCUGUCUCGGCCGGCCCACUGGAUAGCAAGGAUGAUUCGCCUGUCGUGCAAACGCUAACCACGAUGGCAUCCGCCCGUCACGUGUCUCAGGCCUCGGGCGUGACGCAGACGUUACCACCGGCCGAGGCGCCCGCCUGGAACCCGUCGCGAAUCUUUGACCAGUGGAACACGUCGUUUGGCGCGCCACAGAUCCAUUCAUCGCCGUCGUCGGAAACGGCCCAACCCAGCUCCCUGGGCCCCGGCUCCUCCGUGCCCCUGACAGCGCCGAUGCUGCACGACAGUUACGCCGCGCAGGGCCAGUAUCGGACAGGAUCGCAGAUGCCGGCCGCGCAGUACCCGACCGCGCCCGUGCAGACCUUCGUUACCCCCGCGAUGUGGCAGGAAUCCGUGGCGAGCGUCUACGAGGGCGGGCUCAAGCGCGCGUGGGAUUAUGAUGGACACGGGCACAUGCCCGUGAAACGCCAUUGACGAAAAGAAGCUAAGGUCCGCCCUUCUUGAAGACCACGGCCAUUGUGGAGAAUCUCUCUCCUUCCCUUUUUUGGAUUCUCCCCG